AUGCCCAUAGACCUAGGGCUUUCGCGUGUUGCGAGACUAUUGUCGCACUUCAACAACCCUCAUUUGAAGUACAAGUCGAUACACGUCGCUGGUACAAAUGGAAAAGGAUCUACGUUAGCCUAUAUAUCAUCAAUUUUGACACAACAUCGACUACGCAAUGGAAAGUUUACAUCUCCCCAUAUGGUUGAAUUGAAUGACUGCAUAACAAUAGACAAUAAGACGUACCUGCGGUCCCAAUUUGAUUUGGUUAAUGAGAGUGUUUUAAGAGUGGAUAAAGAGUUGCAACUAAAAUGCACCGAGUUUGAGAUAUUGACCGUAACUGCAUUUAAAAUAUUUGAAUUGGAAAAGGUUGAGAUGGCGUUGAUUGAAGUAGGGGUUGGAGGGAGAUUGGAUGCGACAAAUGUGUUGGAACAAUUUAAAGGCGAAGGUGGUGUGGUGGCUACGGGAAUUACAAAAAUCGGAAUGGAUCACGAGGGCUUGUUAGGGGAUACAAUUGAACAAAUUGCACUCGAAAAAGCAGGUAUUUUGAAGCCGGGUAUUCCUUGCUUUGCCGAUGGACUGAAUCAAGAGUCAGUGUUGAAUGUAAUCAGAGACAAAGCCAAGUCUCUCGAUUGUGAGCUUGAGAUUGUAAAUCCCGAUAGAACUGACGUGGAAUUGCUACAGUUCAGCCCAUUACUUGGAGAGUAUCAACUAAACAACCUUGCAGUUGCUCUUCGUAUUAUUAAUUCGCUUCGGAAACACUACACAUUCACAAGAGAUCAAAUUAUUGCGGGAAUUAAAAACACAUACUGGCCGGGAAGGUUGGAAUCUAUCCAAGUCCCUGGCUUGGGAGAGGUACUAAUAGAUGGUGCACACAACGAAGAUGCAGCAGUAGCGCUUGGAAAGUACUUGAGGUCGGCAUUUCCAAACGGAAACAUAACAUUUAUUGUGGGAAUCACGAAAGGAAAAAAGUUGAACAACUUGCUAAAGCAUAUUCUUCGGAAGAAUGAUACUGUGAUACCAGCAUUGUUUUACCAGCCAGAACAGAUGCCGUGGAUAAAGUGCGAACUGGUGGAAAACAUUGCUGACGUAGCAAAAUCUUACUGUCAGGUGAAAAUUGUAUCCGAAUAUGCGUACGUCAGUGAUGUAUUUGAUUAUUUAAAGGAGAACAAAUGUGACAAGUCACCAGUGGUUGUUUGUGGAAGUUUGUACUUGUAUGCUGACACCGUCAGAUAG